UUUUUUUUUUUUUUGUUGUUGUUGUUUUUGUUGUUGUUGUGCUGAGCAAUGGAGCUCGAGCCACUUGAGCAAGAGUUGCUCGACGCAGCUCAGCUGGGACUCGACAACGUGCUCUCUCCCGCAGUUUGGACGACUCUCCUGAGUGCUGAUGAUCGCCAUGCAUUACAAAGCUUGCUGCCGCCGAGUUGUGCCAACGACAGACUCGGAACGGACAAUCUCGUGAAUCGCUUGCUCUCAAGUGCUCCAAUGCUGUUUGAUAGUCGGCCUGUGGUCGAAGCGAGUGAGCAGCUUCAAAGAAGCAACGACGCCGCGGGAAUGGUCGCAGCGAGACAGGCUCGAGACUCUGCUCGAGCGCUUGAAGCUCGUGCAGACCUGGCAGCAAGGCAACAUGAAGUCCUGUUGCGGUGCUUGGAUCAGCGAGAGAGGCUGCUUACUACUACCGUGCAGCUCUGCGGAGAGCAGUCCGACGAAACGCAGUGGAAUGCUAGUCUGAGUGCUGCAGCGUCUCGGUUGCGCGAUCAUGUCAAGCUCCAGUCAGCAGAAACUAAGAUGGAAGAAUUCGAACGCCGCCAAGUCAAGCGCCAGCUCAAAGACAGGAUGCAACAGGCAGCAGCUCGGAAAUCACAAAGAUUGAUCGGCGCCAUUGAGCGACGGUUUGCAGGUUCUGAUGACACGGACGAGUUCGGGGGCUACCUUGACGAAGGAGGCAGCGCUGACGGUGCCCAUCCUACCGAUCGAUGGCUUCAUUCGCGUCGACGCAACGUGGAUGAUAUGGCGUGGUUGCAACAGCACCUUUCACGUGAUGGCGAUGCCGAGUCUGAUUGGAACGAGGUUGAUGAUGAUGAUGAGGAAGUGGACGUUGACAGCGAGCUCGAGGAUGAUUUGGUCGGCACCAGUGCUGUUUUGCGCUUUGCUGUGGCUGCCUCUGAUACACAUUCUCCAAGGAGCCUCGCUCGAUUCAGGCGCCCAACACGGGCGGCUGAAGCGACACACGAUGUUUCGACUGACGAGUACCUGGCCAUGCUUCUCGCCCAUCGAGCCAAACCAGCUUACUUGCGAGAGAAGCAGCUCGCUGCACUUUCUUCUGAGGUUGACUUUCUGGGCGGAAGGCAUGCAACACAGCGUUUCAAGCGGCGCGCGCUCAGCCGCAACCUUGCGUGGUCGAUGGCAGUCGCCGUCCCCGUCUCGCAGAGCUCACAGUCAACCCACGCUCAAAGUGCUGCUGAGAUUGAUGGCUUCACGUCACUGGCCCCAAGGCUGGGCUUCCCGACGCCAUGGGCAUUGUCGCAGUCUGUUCUUCAACGAAACACGCCUCCAUCCGCUCAAUCCGACGAGAGGGCUGCCAUUGACGCGCCUUCAUCCAGCGCGACUGUGCCGGCCAAGCCGCUUACUAAAGCACCCAUUGACGAGGACUUGUUUACGAUGCAAUUUCGCCGGCCAUUCUCCUCAUUCUUUGCGUUGCUCGGUCACAUUUUACGACGCCUCCCCGAAGGCCGUGCCAGCUUGCAGCGCGUUCAGCAACUCGUUGGAAAGUGGCUCACUACAAGUUCCGCCGCUGGAUCGGCGUGGGUGAACGACAAUCCAGAUUGGCCUGCGCUCACCGAGAGUGCCCUGCGCUAUCUCGCUGGCCUCAGUCUCCAGGUCACCAAAUGUUCCGUUUUUACGCCGUGCGUGGACUACAAGGAGAGAUUGCACAAGUGGUCGUGGUUGUCCCAGGGUCAAGAUGACAUGUCGACCCUGAGCCAAAUGUGCGAAGCCUGGAUGCAAACCAAGGAUGAAGAUAAGCGAAUUGAAGGGAGUAAUGAUCCCGCCAGCAUUCCCGAGCCUCGAUGUCCCACGAACAGCAAGUAUCGCAAGAGCACACCAGAAGAGCAGGUGGAAAUCCGAGCCCAAGAAAAAGAACGCUACGCCAAUCCCGAACGUCCGUUCACUUGGCGGGUCCGCGACUACUUUGCAUCCGUGGGUCCGAUCAAGGGCGUGUUUAAAAAGGUGGCAGAGUCGGCCUCGAGCAAAGUGCGUGGGCACAAUUUCCUGUCAGAAACACGGCCGUCGUAUGUCACCGUGUUGACCCUCAUCCGAGAUGCUGCUGCUCGCUUGCCAAACGGCGAAGGCACGCGUCUCGAAGUCUGCGAGACUCUGCGGGAUUCGCAGUAUCUCAUCCAGGAUGCGACUGACAACCAAGUGUACCAGAUGGUCAGCAGUGCGCUUGACCGAUUGCGGUGGGAGCCCGACCCGUGUAUCCGGUUUGACAAUGAUCGGAAGAUAUGGGUUUACUUGCACCGUGGCCGAACCGAAGAGGACUUUGAGAAACUCCACGAAAUGAGUGCGAUGCGCUACAACGCACGAAAGCUUCAGCUUCAGGAGGGGGGCGAGGCUAGCUCCAAAAGCCGCAGCAAGGCGUCCUCGUCUCGCAAGCCGCCAAGUUCUACCCAGGCGAGUGGCACAUCCGCGGUUAGUGCUUCCAGUGCUGCAGGGCCUGCUACCGCGAAUGCUUCUGCCACGGCAUCACCGCGCCCUGCCGACCUUCCCUCAGUGCAAUAGUCCAUUUUCUGAUGAUCGUUUCGCUCCGAACGCAACGCGUACAGCUCAAUAGUAAUUUAAUGAUUCAUGUCCAA